GUGUCAGACCGGAUGUGGUCUGCAGCACAGCGGGUCGUGGGCUCCGAUUCUCGUCCUGGUCUUCACUUCUCUCCCUCUCAGCAGCAUUCACAGAGGACCGGAGCAGCCUAGCAGCGGUAUAACGCACACACCAUGGCAGAGCAGGAACCCACACCAGAGCAGCUGGCAGAGAUCGCAGCAGCCAACGACGAGGGCGACUGUCCGGUCAACUACAAAGCUCCCGCCCAGAAGAGUUUACAGGAGAUCCAGGAACUGGACAAAGACGACGAGAGCCUGCGCAAGUACAAGGAGGCGCUGCUGGGGAAAGCCGAUGAUGUCGCAGAUCCAAGCGUCCCCAACGUGCAGGUGACCAGGAUGACCUUGCUGUGCGAGACAGCGCCAAACCCUCUGGUCCUGGACCUGACAGGAGACCUGGACGGUUUCAAGAAGAAGCCGUUUGUGCUGAAGGAGGGAGUCGACUACAGAAUCAAGAUCAACUUCAAGGUCAACAAGGAGAUCGUGUCCGGCCUGAAAUACAACCAGACCACGUUCAGGAAAGGGGUGAAGGUCGACAGGUCCGACUACAUGGUGGGCAGCUACGGUCCCAGACCGAAGGAGGAGUACGAGUUCCUCACCACCAUGGAGGAGGCACCCAAAGGCAUGCUGGCUCGCGGCACCUACAACAUCAAGUCCAAGUUCACCGACGACGACAAGCACGAUCAUCUCUCCUGGGAGUGGAGCCUCACGAUCAAGAAAGACUGGAAAGACUAAACCUCCACCCUCUCUGCAUUCCUCUCUCUCUCUCUAUCUCUCCUCCUCGUGUCAUCCUCUGCUUUGUCUCUCUCUUUCUCUCUUUUUAUGUCCGGAUUAUGUUUGAUCCAAGCUUUCUGCUCUCUCCGUCCGACGCCACCUCCCCUCCUCCUCCUUCAGUCUCCUAACUCUGAUCACUUCAUCAUUCCACCCCUUUUGUUAACGCUCCCUUUUGUUAAGUAUUACACCUUUAAAAUGGAGAAAGCAAAUAAUGUGCACAAUCCAGAUUUAUAGGUUACUUUUGUUUAUAAAGGAAAAACAAGAAAAUGUUGAAAAAAUAAGAACGAUGUGAUUUCUGUGCUUCUCUCUUCAUCCUUCUCUACAUUUCACAUGCUUUUUGUAUGAUUACCGUGAUCUGCCUUUUGAAAGCAUCGUACAGGGAGCAGUAGCGCUGCUGUGUGUACUGUAUGUGGCCGCUGUACGCUCGUUGAGCAAUCGUUGCUGGACACGACUCUUGGACGCAGCUCUCCUUAAGCCUUUGAGAAGAUUAUUUGUACCAGAGUCUUGGGUGAAUUAUUUGGAAUUAAGGCCACCUCUUUAACCGGGGGCCCCACUGGGAGAAGAAGUGAGGGGGGAACAGAAUUACCUCUAACCCUGUGUUACCCGCUCACUUUCAGGGGGCGGCUUCUCCUCCCCUGAGCAGUUUAAUCAGCAGCCAUGUGGCCUUAUUGAAGAACUCCAAACAGAGCAAAGUUGCCUUCUGAUUAUUUGCCAGACCAUCACAUGGGACUGUUUUUAUAAUAACUAGACUUGUAAUACACGGACAGGGCAUCAGGACUAAGAGUUUAACACCUUUUAUUCAGGUUUUGUAAAAACAAUGCGCAUCUUUAUCACCGCAGUAACCGUAGUAACUCUUUAGAGCAACAUCAGCUGUAAGAAGUCCAGGUCGUACUCAUGUCCCUCUUUGUAUCUGAGGCCACGAGGACUCACCUCGCAGCGCUCACCGUGCCUCCGGUCUCUUACGACCUCAUGCUGCUCGACAUCAGUGAGCGGAGAUGUCUGUAUUUGACUCCUGAACCAGUAUCCAGACCAGUCCCCCCCCCCCCCUGUCACAGACGUCCUGCCAUAGAAAGUGUUGUUUCUGUAACCUUUACACUCCGUGGGUAUGUGAAUGAAGUCCAGCAGCUUCACUGGUUUCAUGUGUUAUGGGCUGAUGUGUCUGUGUGUGGGUUUGACGUGGUCGAUGUGUGCUACCUGUUGUUCCCUGCAGUGUACUGAUCUCCUGUGUUCAUAUUAAAGUGUCCAGACUGGGUCCUA